UUAUUAGUCUUUCAAAUUAUAAUUACUUGAUAUAUACUACUUUUAUAUUAAUAUAAGAAAUAGAAGAAUUCUGGGAACUAAGUCAUGUAAAAAUAGUCCAUAAACCAGACAGGCAGAGGGACCCAGCAGAGACGAGCAAAGCCUGCAAGUCAUCACAUUCCAUCAGAAACAUCCAGUUGAAACCAAAUGAAACAGCACUUCAACAACACUACUAAACAACUGCUGCGACUACUGAACUCAGAAACACGGCAAGAAAUAAUCUUGUGUGGUCAGUACUGGAGCAGGUAUAGGAGCAGGUGAGCUGAAGAUAAGGAACCCUCCCAAAGCCUUUCCCCAAGAAGAAAAAAGCUAGGAAGAGAUCAUAUUUGAAAUAUGGCUGAGAGUGACCUCCUCUACCCAGAGAACCCAAGGAGGCGGGAAGAAGUACACCAUCUUCACCAACAGCUCCUUGACUGCUUAUCGGACAACUUCCGUGCCACCAAUGAGCUGAUUGGAGUUUUAAAUAUGCAUUUGGGGUGCAGGCUGGCCUCCAUUGAGAUGAACAGAAAUGGGACCAUCAAAGAAAACUGUGAUACCAUUAUCCAAGCCGUGAUGAAAAUCCAAAAAGAAUUGCAAAAGGUUGAUGAAGCACUAAAAGAUAAACUAGAGCCAACCCUUUAUAGAAAACUUCAGGAUAUUAAGGAAAGGGAAACAGAGAAAAUUGCAAUCGUACAAAAGGUUAUUUCAGUAAUCCUGGGAGAAGCCACUUCUGCAGCCAGUGCAGUGGCUGUUAAACUCGUGGGCUCAAAUGUCACAACUGGCAUAAUUAACAAGUUGGUCACUGUGUUAGCUCAAAUUGGUGCUUCUCUCCUUGGUAGCAUAGGAGUUGCUGUUCUUGGCCUUGGCAUAGAUAUGGUCUUCCGUGCCAUCCUAGGAGCAGUGGAGAAAACGCAGCUACAAGCAGCCAUCAAAAGUUAUGAGAAGCAUCUGGUGGAAUUCAAGUCAGCCUCAGAAAAAUAUCAUCAUGCCAUUACUGAGGUCACCAAUACAGUGAAACACCAAAUGAAAUAAACAGCCGCCUUAUUUGCCACUGGAAUAUUUUCUGCUUCUCUUUCAAUAAUAGUAUUUGGUUUCUUGGAUUAGCUUCAUUUUCCAUAAGUUUCCAACAUAGACAUAAAUACCGUAACAGAUUGGGAAGAUUCCUUGAGUUUUGCAUCAGUAACAAAUGUCUGGACCAGUUGGUGCUAGACCAUGGGAGAGAAUCCCAGGAUUCUUCUAACUCUCCUCUACUAGCUCAAUUUUAGGGUACAUGCUAAUGUAGAGUAGCAGGUGUAGGGGUUGCCUUUUCCUUUCUAAUAUCAAGUAAAAAUCUUUAAAAUGUACAUUUAAUGCAAAGGUUUUUAUUCCUAACACUUCAGACAUCAUUUAGUUCUAAGAGGACAUACUUUGUAAUUUCUGCCUGGACACAAAUCCUGGCCUUUGAAUGUAAUAGAAACACUACCAUAAUUUCAACCAUCAGUUUAAAUCCAAUUUUCUGUAAACUGGAAAAGACUGGAAUAUGGUUUGUAACUUCUUACUUCUAUGAUGAAAAGAGUCAAUGGUUCUGUAAACUUCUAAAUUAAACACUAUAAUCUGAAUGGACUUUUAAUGGAUAAAAAUUUAAAACUAAAAAAAAAUAAAGGUUUUGUUUCUAUAAGUAUAAUCAACCCUGAUCAACUGUUGUAUGAUAAUUAAAUAUCCCUCAAGUGAAAUGUUUGAACACUCUGGAACUUUUUUUAAAAAAGCAAAUCCAAGAUACACCUGCAUAUAAUGCAUUCAGAGUGCAGGAGAGGAAGUAGCAAUUCUUUCAAGAAUUUGUCAUUCAGCCCUGGCUGGUUUGGCUCAGUGGAUAGAGUGUCGGCU